AUGACAAAUGAAAGAUAUCACACAGUAUAUCACGUAAUAGACAUUUGCCAGCAAAACUGCAAGAGGUCUGCAUUUGGACACUUUACACCUGAGAUGGGUGUACCAAUCCAGUUAAAAGGGCCCUCAAGUUCAAAUGGUAUUGGUCGUGUGGAGAUAUUCUAUAACGGAAAUUGGGGAACGAUCUGUGACAGCCAAUGGGAUAUCAAGAGUGCUACAGUUGUGUGUCGUCAACUUGGUUACCAGAAAGCCCUUGCGGCCCUUAAGGGAAAUCUUGUUCCUUCUGGUUCAGGGCAGAUAUGGUUAGACAAUGUUCGUUGUUCUGGGAAUGAGCAAAAUCUGGCCAGUUGUUCCCAUAGAGGCUGGGGAGUCCAUGACUGUCAUCAUUCUGAAGAUGCUGGAGUGAACUGCUUUGGUGUAUCAAUCCAGUUAAAAGGGCCUUCAAGUUCAAAUGGUGUUGGUCGUGUGGAAAUAUUCUAUAACGGAAAAUGGGGAACAAUCUGUGACGACCAAUGGGAUAUUAAGGAUGCUAAAGUUGUGUGUCGUCAACUUGGUUAUCAGAAAGCCCUUGCGGCCCUUCAGGGAAAUCUUGUUCCUUCUGGUUCAGGGCAGAUAUGGUUAGACGAUGUUCGUUGUUCUGGGAAGGAGCGAAAUCUGGCCAGUUGUUCCCAUAGAGGCUGGGGAAUCCACAACUGUGUUCAUAAUGAAGAUGCUGGAGUGAAAUGCUUUGGUCUAUCAAUCCAGUUAAAAGGGCCUUCAAGUUCAAAUGGUGCUGGUCGUGUGGAGAUAUUCUAUAACGGAAAAUGGGGAACAAUCUGUGACAACAAAUGGGAUAUCAAAGAUGCUCAAGUUGUGUGUCGUCAACUUGGUUAUCAGGAAGCCUUUGCGGCCCUUCAGGGAAAUCUUGUUCCUUCUGGUUCAGGGCAGAUAUGGUUAGACGAUGUGCAUUGUUCUGGGAAUGAGCAAAAUCUGGCCAGUUGUUCCCAUAGAGGCUGGGGAGUCCACAACUGUCGUCAUUCUGAAGACGCUGGAGUGAGCUGUGGUAAUCGGCAUUUACAUUUUUGUAACCAAAUCUUAUCAAUCAGCUUCCUUCAAUCUUCAGCCUUGUACCCAGGCGCUUUAGUAGAAAAACAUAUAACGUUGCGUUCAGCUACUAUUUAG